UUAGACCUGUUCUGGUCACUGAUUGGCUGUUUCGGUCACAUGCUGAGGGAGGAAAUCAAUCCAGCGACCUCGUUAGCCUCGGGCUCAGGAGCAAUUCGCUUCGUGGCCUUAACGUGGCUGAGUUGAUCAUUAGCAGGCUACAAAUUUAGUUUUGAGUGGCGAUGGAGGAGCUCCGCGACAAAGACUUUGACUGUCCAAGCCUUCUGCGUGAUGAAGAACUGGAAGACUUGGAAACAAAGAACAGCCGAGGGAUCACGAGGAAGAGGAGGAGGGAUGGAGAGGGGGAAGUGUUUAAUCAAAGGGAGGAUGAAGAGGCGGGAGGCGAGACAGGAAGUGAAAAUAAGGAUGAGGAGGACAAAGAAACACAAGCUGGCAGUAAACAUGAGGUGACAGCAAUGGAGAUAACCAAGGUCUGCUCCAUCCAGCGCUCCAUCCUCUACAGCACUACGGGUGGAGACCACAGCGUGAGCUUCUCUCAGGUGCCGGGGUCAGAGACUGUGGACAGCUGCCCACCGCCACCUGCAAAGAAGAAGAGAAAACGAAUACCCCACAAUGCUGAUCAGUUAGUGUAUUUAGAGGCCUUGUUCCUGGAGGACCAGUAUCCUGAUCUAGAGAAGAAGAGGCUGAUCGCUGCAGCACUUGGUGUCACACCUGAAAAAAUGAGGAUUUGGUUUCAGAACUGCAGGACAAAAUUGAGGAAAGAGCAGAGCUCCAUCACAGCAGAGGUUGAACACAGACAGAGUAGAGCUGGAUAUAACAGCAGCCCCACACAUCAACCAGUUAACUCCACCAUACCCACACAGGCACCUAACAGUAAGGGAGCUCCCUCUUUUUCUGGUAACUUUGCCACCAAGGUGCCCCAACUCACCUCCACAGCACCUUCUUUCCCCACCCUGUCCAACCAGACUGUGCCCUCCCACAGCAACCUGCAGGCCAGCCUCAGCAGCCCAGGCCAAUCCAGGAUGAGAGAUGGGGGCCAGCACCAGCUUUCAUCUCAGAGGGAGUUGGCAGAGUACCACCCACACCCCAUGCACAGCCCUCCCCCACUGCACCGAGCCAGUGCCCCCCUUUUCACAACGACCUACAACCCUUCCAACCUGAUUCCACCCCUCGUUCACACCCUGGCCCACACCCCACCUCUGUUCCUGGAUGCUGUGGAGGCUGGCUCCUCCUUGGCCCAUCGUGACUCCCAGUCUCUGCAGACAGACACCAGUAAGGGAGCUCCCUCUUUUUCUGGUAACUUUGCCACCAAGGUGCCCCAACUCACCUCCACAGCACCUUCUUUCCCCACCCUGUCCAACCAGACUGUGCCCUCCCACAGCAACCUGCAGGCCAGCCUCAGCAGCCCAGGCCAAUCCAGGAUGAGAGAUGGGGGCCAGCAGCAGCUUUCAUCUCAGAGGGAGUUGGCAGAGUACCACCCACACCCCAUGCACAGCCCUCCCCCACUGCACCGAGCCAGUGCCCCCCUUUUCACAACGACCUACAACCCUGCCAACCUGAUUCCACCCCUCGUUCACACCCUGGCCCACACCCCACCUCUGUUCCUGGAUGCUGUGGAGGCUGGCUCCUCCUUGGCCCAUCGUGACUCCCAGUCUCUGCAGACAGGCACCAGUAAGGGAGCUCCCUCUUUUUCUGGUAACUUUGCCACCAAGGUGCCCCAACUCACCUCCACAGCACCUUCUUUCCCCACCCUGUCCAACCAGACUGUGCCCUCCCACAGCAACCUGCAGGCCAGCCUCAGCAGCCCAGGCCAAUCCAGGGUGAGAGAUGGGGGCCAGCAGCAGCUUUCAUCUCAGAGGGAGUUGGCAGAGUACCACCUACACCCCAUGCACAGCCCUCCCCCGCUGCACCGAGCCAGUGCCCCCCUUUUCACAACGACCUACAACCCUGCCAACCUGAUUCCACCCUUCGUUCACACCCUGGCCCACACCCCACCUCUGUUCCUGGAUGCUGUGGAGGCUGGCUCCUCGUUUGCCCAUUGUGACUCCCAGUCUCUGCAGACAGGCACCAGUAAGGGAGCUCCCUCUUUUUCUGGUAACUUUGCCACCAAGGUGCCCCAACUCACCUCCACAGCACCUUCUUUCCCCACCCUGUCCAACCAGACUGUGCCCUCCCACAGCAACCUGCAGGCCAGCCUCAGCAGCCCAGACCAAUCCAGGAUGAGAGAUGGGGGCCAGCACCAGCUUUCAUCUCAGAGGGAGUUGGCAGAGUACCACCCACACCCCAUGCACAGCCCUCCCCCACUGCACCGAGCCAGUGCCCCCCUUUUCACAACGACCUACAACCCUGCCAACCUGAUUCCACCCUUCGUUCACACCCUGGCCCACACCCCACCUCUGUUCCUGGAUGCUGUGGAGGCUGGCUCCUCCUUGGCCCAUCGUGACUCCCAGUCUCUGCAGACAGACACCAGGUCUUUCUUUGACUUUGGGGAGAAGCUCGGCGAUCUGACUUCAAGCCAGCAGAACAACAACCUCCCCUGUCAGCUGCAGCCCUCCUACCCCAGCAGCCAGCCCCAGCAUCAACCUCAAGCAUCUCUGCCCUACAUGGCAUACCUCCCCCCCCCCCCUUACCCCACCCACACUCCCCCAGAUUCUAACCCUACACCUUACCUGACCUUUGGACCAGGAGGAAACUCCACUGGCAUGGUCACCAACUUGACUAGAGGUCACGCCUACUUCCAGUCCCAGAGCAGAGGGCAGGUCCUGCUGCAGUCUGCAGGCCAUCAUGGUGGGAUGGCAGAGAUCACUCCAACCAGGGCUUCAUCCCUUCUGCCUUCUCAGGUCAGCCCUGCCGCUCCAGAAUGCCCUCCAGCGCCCCCUUGUGUCAAGAUUGAGAGAGAGAUUCAUAGCCAGGUCCACUUUGACUUCUCCCCACACAGAUUUUUUACUUAAUGUUUGUUCGGCUUAGUGUGUCAGUGUGUUGUGUAGGAUCUUCUGCAUGUUCUGUUUACAUAACUAUUGGGAUGUUCAGUAGAUAUUAAUGCCAGCAUACUUGGUCUGGGUUGCAUGUGGCUUGGCUAAAAUAAAUGCUUGUUGCUCUGUUAAUCCUUUAUUUAAUAUGUGUCCAACAUAUUUUUAGUUUUGAUUAAGUCAGUUUUGUUGCAGACCAACAGUUUGGACAUAGAGGGGUGUGGGAGGUCGGGUAAAGUGUAGUUCUACAUAUCCUUUUUCUAAGUAUGCAUACAUGUUCAUGAUUGUGUUGAUUCAGGCAUGAUCACCUACCAACACACGUAAGCCUUUAUUACAAGUUACAAUUUCAUCAUUAUGUACUCAACCCCAUGCUGAUGGAAAGUUGGAGUUCACAAAAUGUCUGGAGGUUCACGGCAAAACAGUAAAUAGUAGAUGAGUUUUCAUUUUACAGUUAACUUAUCAAGUGUUACACAGAAAUGUUACUCGUUACUUAUUAACUAUAAGUAUAAAAGUCACUAUAUUGUUCAUGAUAAUUACUGCACAAACAGACACUUUAUUCAUUACAAGGGAGACUAAAGUAUAGACUGUUCAUCUCCAGUGUUACAUGAUUAUAACUGAGUCUGUACACUUCAUUUUAUGGUCUGUUAACAACUCAAUAAAAGAAAGAAAAUGCAUCCUCUC